UUCAAAUAUCCCCGACUGGAAACAAAAGUCGAGCGCGUCACUAGUGAAUGGCAAGGUUCCUUCUCCUUAAAAAAACGUAUCUGGCAAUCUUGACAGUUGAAUUAUAAAGUAAACACCAUGACCACGUCAAAUUAUACCCUGAAGGUCAAUCGGGAGCUGUUGGAUCCCAACUUCGAGAGUUACCGGCUAUCCCUGGACCCAAUACCGACGUACAACGUUGAGUUGGACGCUGCCGUCGAGGAGGUGACAUUGAAGGAUUGCCAGUACACUCUAGAACACAUGCGUGCCUUCGGCAUGUACAAUUACCUCCAUUUGGACCCCUGGUACCAAGACAGCGUGUUGUUUGUGGACUGCAAAGGGCGAGUGCUCAGUCUCACCGUCACGCUGGACACUGUGCUGGGCAAGCCGAGGGAGGUGUUCCGCCUCGCUACCGAACCAGAGCGUCGCCAAAACCGCGUGUGCCCCUCCCUCAGCCUCACCUCGGCCACCUGGGCCGCCCUCUCUGACGGCGCUGGGCGACUCUAUUUGCUCCGUACCUGCAAGCGAGGAGACACCGCCCACGGAAAGUGGGAGCCCCUGUUCAGCGAGGACCUGGGAGAGCCGUUUAUUGUCCUCCACAGCGUGGCCCACGUCCAGGGGGGCGCCCACACGCUGGAAGUCCUGCUGCUCCGUGUCGUUAAGGACCCUCAAGAAACGACGGGAAGCGGAUACUCGGUGAUACUCGAGUGGAUCUCGGUCGCCAACGCGGCGACGCAAGGCGUGGAGAAGAAAUACGAAGUGACGAAGCGGCGGCUCCUCCGGGGGAAAUCGGUGCCUCAUUACGCCGCCAUGACGCCGCAGGGCGACGGCCUGAUGGUGGCGUCGGAGAGGCCCUUCGCAUUCACGCACGUGGACGGCCAGCCCCUCAAACAGCCGCAGCCGGCGGCCAAUGAGCAAGACAUGGAGGUGGAGAAGCCAGAUCCCGUCUACUUCUGGCAGCAGACGUCGGACGACAUCACGGCCAGCGUGCGCCUGCCUGAAGGCGUGAGCAAGGACGCCGUCCUCUUCCGGCUGACGGCGGACACCCUCAGCGUCGGCGUGCAGGGCUCGCCGCCCCUCCUGGAGGGCCAGCUGUACGCCUCCGUCGACCCCGAGGCCUCCGCCUGGACCCUCAGAGACGGCAAAAGCUUGGAGGUCAAUCUGCAGAAGCGCACCCAAGGUCCCAUGUGGCCCGAGUUAGUGACGGGCGACCGUCGGGGCGAGCACGUGAUGAGCGACGAGCAGGCCGCCCUCAUCCACGAGAGGCUCACGCAUCUGACCUCCCAAGACGUGCACGCCGGUCCCGACCCGGACAAGCCGGCUUGCAACUCCCAGGAACUGGAGGACUGCGACGGCUUCCCCGAGGACACCUCCAGCCUCAUGCACUUUGACGGAGAGUCGCUCAAGACCACUCAGGUGGUGAACCUCAGCAGCCAUCAGUACCUGUUCACCGUAAGCGUGGACCCGACCCAGAUGCCGUGCCUAUGCCUGCGCCACGACGUGGACGCCCUGCUGUGGCAGCCGCGGCCCGACCAGCCCGCUGACAUGUGGGAGCACGUGGCCACCUUCAACGCCCUGGGCUACGUGCAGGCGUCCAAGCAGGACAGAAAGUUCUCCACGUGCGCCCCCAACUUCUCGUACGCCUCGCUGUGCGAGUGCCUACGCCGCGCCUUCAUCUACCGUCAGCCGUCCCCGGUGGACGGCGUCCUUUUCAACCGCAAGCAAGGCCGGCAGGUAGGGCAGGUUGCCAAGCAACAGGUGGCCAGCCUGGACACGGACCGAGUCGUGCUGGGCUUCAGGGCCACCGACGAGAGGCUCUUUGCCCUCACCGCUGACAAUCUCUUUGUGCUGAAGGUUAAUAAUUAUUAAAAUAAAAUGAAUAUGGAUCGCCUUGGACGGAAAGUGUCGUCCGGGGGCUGGACAACUUUUGUACUCAAAGACCCAAUCAAUUAAGCAAUGUAAAAGAAUAAAUAAAUAAAAAGAAUUUGUUCAAAUUUCA